AUGGCUACACAAGAAGAGCUUUCGAUGCUUUUCGCCCGCAACCUUUCCCUCUACAAUCCUCCUCCUCCUCCUCCAGCCCCCGUAGAAGAACCAAAAGAAAUUGAACCAACUUACACAUAUUCAAUCUCUCAACACUAUAACCACUCUGCACAUGUUGCUAAGCAACCAUCCAGACCAGCUUCCGAACCACCCCAAACAGAUCAACUCACAGUAGAUAUUAUACUCGCAAGACAUGGUGUCGAUUCUUCCUCUUUAUACCCUACCCAAAUAGAACUCUUCAAAACCGCAGAUGCUAGUCAGCAGAUGCGACUGAUUGAGUUAUGGAGAAUCUGCCCACCAUACAAUGGAGGACAUGCGUUGGCACAAGAUUUGUGGACUGGACCCUCUACUAGCUUGGAACAAGAAGAGUCCACAGCAAAAUUGAGAUAUGAACGACAGAUGUUGGAAGAAAGAAUGUCUCGAACGCAAGAUUCAAGUAUGGAUGAUGAUACUAUGAGUGAUGGUAGUAGCCAUGCUCCUUUGACCCCAAUCCAAGGUGGAGAUGCACGUUGGAAUCAUCCAGAGCACGUUGAACCUUACAUGGCAUCUGGCUAUGAGCUUUUGGCUGCACGAGAGUAUGAACAAUCAAUGGGUCCUUCGAAAGACAUUUACUCGCACUUUGGAUCGGCAAUCGGUGGACCUCAGUACAAACGAUCUAUCGAUCCAGUUUAUAAAACUGUCGAGUCCAUUCAUAGAUAUCCAAAUGUUGAAGCGAUGGAGAAUCAGUAUGGAGCAUAUCAGAAUUAUCAAUUUGGCGGAUACACCAAUGGAGGCGAAGACGAGGAGAUGAUGUAA